AAGUACACUGGAAAGGAAAUAUGAAAAGCAAGGCUGCCAAAUACAUCGAGCCUCCUAACACACUGGAUUCCAAGUCUCCUCCAUUACAGUGUCCAGUAACAAGGAACAAAGGACGCAGCAGCCAGGUAAACUCUGUGAGAUCACAGUCUUCAUCAGUUUUAGAUCAGUCGUCUUCUGAAAGGAAUAAAAUGCAACAUAGCCAAGAGAACUCAGUGGGAUCUAUAACUUCACCUGUUGUGUCACAUGGUACACUUGAAAGCAGUAAAGUCCAAAGUAGCCAGGAAAAUUCCAUGAUUGCUAGGGCUUCAUCUGUUCUAUCACAGACUGCAUAUGACAGCAGUAAAACACAAAAUACACAGGAAAAUGCAAUGGGCUCCAAGGCAGUACCAUCACAAUCUACAUGUGACAGUUCCAUGAUGCUCAGAGAAAAUGAACAGAUAACAGUUAAAACUAAAGGUACUCAAGUCAGUUACCCUAAUAGACAGAACUGUGGAUUUGAAGAGAAAAAUGCAAUUGAAAAAGCAUAUCAGAAUGCAAGAGGGCAAAAUGAAGCAUGGACUUCUCUAAAAUGUGAUGCAACUCCCUCUCAAGUUCUGCAGAAGCCAAGAGGAGUUGAGAGACACUCAUAUUCAUCAGUAAGAAAUGUGACAUCAGAGGUAUCCUCAGAGACCAGUGCCAGAUACGCAGACCGCAGAGAAUCGCAGAACCAUUUACCAGAACCAAAGAUUGCUAACCUCAGAAGAGGAUUGGUUCAACAACCAAUGAAAAAUGGCUGUGAAAUUCAAUACCAUAAUGAAGCCAAAACCAUGUUUAUGGGUGUUCCAAAUUCAGAAUUAACACACCAGAAACAAAUACAAACUGCUGAGAUCAAGCAAGCUGAAAAUCUCGUCAAAGUAAACAGCUCCAGGCAAAUCCAUGAUGAUGGUUCUUCAAAUAGUGAUUUAUGCCUCAUGCCAGCAAAGGAAGUGGAACAAGUGUCUCAACUUGAUUUGCCAUCAAGUAGAACCAGUGGGUCUGUAUCUGUUGGAACUAAUGUAACUACUUUAACCGGAAACCGUCUUACCAUCAAGAGUGGAACCAAAGAAGUGGUGGUGGUUUUUAUGAAUUCCUUCACAAUCUGUGUGAGUGCUCUCAAUCCAUAA